UUUGGAGCAAAUUGAGGUUGAAAUAUUUUUGGUUAUUAUGUUAUCUUCAAGACAAAAAUUCAGAUGAUGAUUAGGCCAAGAACCACAGCUAUUCCAUAAAGAGCUCCUUUGUAUACCAUGUUUCUGAUUGAGAUCAGUUCAAUUUUUCUCGAGGCGCUAUUUCAGAUUAUCUGUAGCUGCAUUAGUGUUUUUAGCAACAGAUGUGAGCCCAUCUCUUUGUUUUCUCAAGUUCAUAGCUCCAUUUCUCUGAGCAUCAUAUCCUUCAUUGCCCAUCCUGAUGAUAUUAUCUAUCUCUUUGUCUUGUCUUCGAAGUUCUUCAAGGUCUUCUAAGAGACCUUGACGUUCUUUCUCUUCUUCGUUAAAGAAGGCAGGUUUCUCUUUAUCAAGAGCUGUCUCAAAUUCAAAGAAUUCACAUCUACUGUUAUCAAAUUGCCUUCUCAUUUUAUUAAGCUCUGCUUUGUAAUAAGAUUUCUCAUUGAUUUGAAGAAGGUUGUAUUCUCCUUCUGCUUUUUCAAGAUGCUUAUUUACACUUAUCAAGACCUUUGCGAGUCUCUUCAAGAGUCUGGAGCCUUACUUUGUACUUUUCUCCAGUUCUGUCCAGGUCCUUGAGACCCUCUCCAACCUCCUCUAAGGUAUCCCUAAACCUCUCUAUUUGUUGUUCGAAAUUUGCCAUUAUGGU